UCUAGCUAGAAAUCAAACUGUUCCCACAAUUUGGCACCCAUGUAUUGCAUUCUUCUACAAACCCACCCAACGGUCACUUUCCCUGCUCUCUCUUCUCACCACAGUUUCAAAACCCUUACACCCUCAUUGUUCAAACAAUUCACCCCAAACCACUCAAACCCUAGUCCAACCCUCUCUCUGAGCCAAACCCUAAGACCCCAGAUCAGAUGUGUAGCGGACAGUGAUGGUGGUACUGGAAACUGGGACAAAUGGUUACCCAGAAAUAUUAUUGCAGCUGAUAAAGUUCUGAGAUUGAUAUCCGGUGCGACCUCCAGUCCCAUUUGCCAGUAUAUCUCUUCCCCAACCACGUUCUUGCAUUCUGUGGACCCCAGAAUCAAAUUGGCAUGGCUCCUGGCUCUUGUUAUUUUACCAGCAAGGUCACAUAUUAUAAUGCGCUUUGGAUUAGUCAUAUAUAUGUCUCUAUUAUCCGUAUGGGUUCUCCCAAAACAUGUGUGGAUGGAUCAAUUGGGAAGAGUAUCACUGCUCUCGGGGAUUUUAUUUAUAAUGUUGGGGCUGGGUACAGAUGGUGUACCUCCCCUUGUCCAGCAAAGAACUCCACCACCUUCAGUUAUAGGUUUGACAAAUCUUCCGGCAUCUUUGGGAGGUUAUUCAUAUGUAAUUAUGAAGUUUGGACCUCUACAGCUUACAAGGAAGGGCUUGUCUGUAGCAAGCACAUCUGCAUGUUUAACUUUCACAAUCUUCCAAAGCGCAAGCCUUUGCAUGACCACCACAACCCCAGAGCAACUUGCACAUGCUUUGCAAUGGUUUGUGCUCCCCUUGAAAAAAUUUGGUGUUCCAGUGGGUGAAGUUAUCCUUACUCUCCUACUUUCACUGAGGUUCAUCAAUCUGGUGUUUGAUGAGGUCCGUAAUGUUGCACUGGGGAUUAUAUCUCGUAGGAUAAAUUGGCGACAGUUGACCAUUAUGGAGACAAUCGAUGUUUUCUUUACAUACAUUCGUCGGGUAUUCAAGAAUAUAUUUAGCCACGCAGAGCAGGUUUCUCAGGCAAUGAUUGUUAGAGGUUUUCGAGGUGACUGCAACACUCACAAGAUUUACUUCCCAUCAGACUCAUGUAUUGGGAUUGCAGAUAUUUUUUCCUUGUUGUGCCUUGGUGGUCUAAUAGGUGCUGCUGCUUUGUCCGAGAACUUUUUUGUCUGAUGCUCAUACUGAUUCUUGGUUCAGGAAUUCUUUCAUCUUGUAUCAUAAUCCAGUAAGAGUAUUAGUUUCCUCUUUACUGAGCUUUACUUCUCCCUUGAUUUGAUGUGGCUUGUUGAAUCUAUAACAUUCAACCUUAAUAUUUUUAUUGAGUACC